GAUUGAUUGACUGACUUAUCGCUUGCAACACGAACAGACGUCCAUUGCUGUCCACACACAGAUACACACACACAUGCACACACAUACUACACAGACAGACAGAGAUGCUACGUGCCCACAUACAUCGGCCUACAGAGAUGGGAUCGACGAGCCACUCACUCACUGCCUUACUUAUGAUUGAUUAAAUUUGCCUCAAUCAAUGCUCUCGCUUAGCUGCCACGCUCACAGAGCACUGCUGACUACAAACAUAGGUAUCUAGGUGUGUGUAUUCUACAGAGAGAUGAUAUAAUAGACACCCACCAAAAACUGUUGACACACAUGAACGAACGAAGCGAUGGAGGGAUGGACAACAAACACAAACAAACACAACUGCUGGCUCCUCCCCUUGGCCUCCGCUCUCCUCUGCUGUGCGACUCUUUGUCACAUAAAUGUGCGCACACAUUCAGACAUACAUACACACAGCUCCCUCCCUCCCUCUUCGAUUGCUCUCAUACACAGAGGCCGCCCCAUCACAUCACUCACGCCCUCUUACUCAAUUGCGGCCAUGCCAUGCAGAGCAAAGCUAUCCCCUCCUUAUCAAUGGCGUCACUCACUCACUCACUUAUUGCGCAUCGGUAUCUCAGGGCUGAAACACACUCACAGAGAGAGAGAGCACAGCACAUCAACAGGAAACUGCAUGCGGCAACAGGCUGCCUGUCCGUCGUCAGUCUGUCGAGAUGCUCACCCGUAUUUCAGUGCAUUCUCUGCAUGGAUGGAAUGGAUGGAUGGAUGGAUGGACCACAUAACACAACAGGAAGUCAGUGUGUGGGAUGAUUCAUGGCCUUCCUUUGUUGUCUCCCGUCGUGUUGCCUACCGAUGGCCGAGAUGGCAGCCAUGGCCAUGGCGCACGCCACCAUGCCGCCGCCCGAGUACCAGGCCAUCUUCCCCGCCAGGCGGGACGCACCGAUGAUGCCCAGCAACACACCCACACGCAGAUAUCCUUUCAACGAACUACACACACACACAUACACACACACACAAGCAGGUCCGCACGAGACAGCCGCCCGCAUCCAUGUGUGUGUGUGUGUGUGUGUGUGUGUGUCGGGUUACUUCAUGGUUUUGAGGGCUUUGAGGCAUUGUGUGCAGUGUAUGAUGUGGCUGUCCACGUGGUUCAGCAACUCGCUGCGAGGCGUGAGCCUGCACACACCACACAUGGACGAUACACGUACACACGUGCGGCACGGAUUCGUGUGUGCGUCGUCUCGAUGGUGUGUCAUGUGUGUGUGACUCUACUGACUUGGUGAGUCCUUCGAGCGGCUCGAAGCCCCACGGACCGUUAGACCCCCACUUCUUGACCCACUGAUGGAUGGAUGGAUACAUCAGUGGGCUUUCCCGAUUGCCUGCUCACCGUUCUGAAUUGUGCGACGUACAGGUCGGUGGCUGUGGGCAGGUAGUAGUUCUGCGGCAGCUUCCCCGGACCACCCGCGGCGGCGAUGCGGCGAUCCUGACACAACAGUGACAUCAGCAGCACCAGCAGCAUCAACCAUUUCUGCCAUUCUUUCUUGACGCUGCUCUACCCCUCCCCACACCAGCCCAGCCCACCCAUUCAGUUCGUCACUCAUUCACUCACCUGCACAUGCAGAAAGAUGUUGUCAUCGUCGAGCGAUCGCAGCGCCUAAACACAUACAGGGACACAUGGAAGAGCACAUGCAUCCAUCCCUCCAUUCGCACACACACGCGCACAUGGAGAUGUAUUGUUGGCUAGAUCGAUGGAUCAGUGUUGUUGUUGUAUAUCGGCUCAACGUGUGUGUGCAGCAGCGGCUGUAUGCCUCAGCCCUAUCAUCGGUCACAUCAUCUCUCACUAUCUCUCUCUCCGGUCUAUACCACAUGUGCAUGCGUGUGUGUGUGUCUCACGAAUAGGUGGACGAGCCAGAGGGGCACUCGCCGCAGCAAACCCACCACCGGGCCGCCGUUGUCAAACUGUGUCCACAGAUGGACAUAAGAGAGAGAGAGAGACCGUCUUUCAUCCAUCCCUGCCAUCAUGGCCUGUGAAGGUCUGGCUGCACAUGCGCACCUUGACAGUGAUUCGUCCGAUGAUCCUGGCGCGUCCCGGCUCCAUCGGCACACAGUAGUGUAGCGCCGUCAGGGAGUACCCCUUACGCGUGGCGUUGUGGUGCUGAUACAUCGGACUGCACACAAAACCCACAGACAGACACACACACACAAACAACCAUCUUUCCACUCCCCCCACCCUCCCAUUGCAAACACACAUGCCUACGCGCGGAAGACCGUCUCGACUCGCUCCUCGCUGUCCUCAUAGACGCCCUCAAAGCCGCGCUCGGAUGCGGGCCUUGUCAUCCGCAGUGGCAAAUGUUUGGCCUUCUUUCGACUCGACGCACUCCCGUGGUGCGUAAUGGGUACGUGGCUCUGAUCGAUGAGGUUUUCAAACAGCGUCGCGUAGUCAUACGGCACGUCGCGGAACGAGUCGAAUGUCACGGCGUUGGGCUGCUCGCUGUCCACCGUCUCGCUCGUCAACAUGGCCGGCCAUCCUGCCUCUGCCCCUCCCCCGUGCUGCUGCUGUGUGUCGGGUGUGGGCCUCACCCAGACGAGCCCCUGCUGCUCCUGGCAGGGGAAGAUGGUGGCGCACGCACGAGUGCCGAUGGGCAGGGGGGUGUCUGGCUGGGCCUGGGGGAUGGCCGUGCAGCCGCCGGUAGAGCCCUCGAAGCGCCAGCCGUGAUAUGGACACCUGCACACAUCCACCCACACACACACAGGGAGGGUCGUGCCUGCCUCCUAGGCAGCCUGCUGUCUCUGUUGGCUUACUCUACGUUGCCCUCGACGAUUCGUCCCUCGCUGAGGGGCGCCAUGCGAUGCGGGCACCGAUCCAAUGCACAUCGCCACUGCACUCACGCCACACCACAGCCAGGGGGGUAUUCAUCAACACACCCAUGUUUGGCCCACGGUCUGUGUGUGUGAGAAUACCUCUUGUUUUGGUUCGUCCCACCAGAUGACCAGUGGUUGGUUUAGCAGAGUGAAGCUGAAAGGCCGCUCCUUGUCAGUACACGACACCGGCGCGAUGGGAUACCUAUGUCAAACAACACACACACACGCACUCCUCCAGCAGGAUGCAAAUGUCCUUUUGAGACUCUGCGGCUGACCGACCAGUGUGCCAUCCAGUCGAACGACGGUGCCGCCCUGCCACUGUCAGGCACAUCUACCACCUCGUGGAGCUGGAUGCCGCCCGUCGGCACACCCACAUCCACCACGCUCGACGCCACGGAAGCAGAUGCACUCGCAUCCAGCGGCCCGCUGACUCCAUAGCGAUGCCUCAUGCCUUUCAAGAGCCCACCGCCUGUCUUUGAUGGUGACGGCGAAGGGAACAGGCGGCCGUGCGGCUGCAGCGCCCGCAGACGGGCGCACAGAAUGCAUGACAGCACCACUGCCAAACAGAGCCUCAUGGCUGGCUGCCAAACUCAGCUUUGCGGGCAGCUUGAUGCGACUGAGUGGACGUGUGAGCGGUUGUGAAGCACGUCAACAGAUAGAUCUAUUCAGCGGAACGUGGC